AUGUCUGGCUUGGCGACUAAUUUUGCUAAAACCUGCCUAUUUUCGAGCAAGUUGGGAGAACUUCCGCAGCGGGAGUCCGCUACACUUAAUCAGAUAACUCGGGUCUCUUCCACCACUUAUCUUGGUGUUCCCGAUUCGCCGGAAGACGACCUGCAGUGUGAUUGGGAGGAGCUGAUUCAAAAAGUGAGGAGGAGGCUCUACUCCUGGAAGGUUAAUCAUCUUUCCUUGGGAGACUUCCGGGGUGGGUUGUUAAAAAGUCGGAUUAUUCUCAAGAGAGUUCUUGUGGUCGGGGCUCGGAUAUUGAUCACCCUAAGUGUCGAUCAGUUGGGCUGGGAGGAACUUAUGCCGCCACGUGAUCGUGAAGGAUGGGGGAUUCUGGAUCUUCGCACUUUUAACUUGGCGUUACUAAGGAAAUGGUGGUGGAAGUUUGUUAUAGACCCUAGUUGGUGUGGCACGGAUGUUGUGCAGUUCAACUAUGGGCUUCUCAAUCCGGAGGGUGACAAGGGGAAGCUUGAGGAGGCCAUGGGGAGUGUUCGGAGGAGUCUGGAGUUCGCUGGCCCCCGUGCUGAGGUGGAGCAUUGUUCUGCGACAGAUCUUGAGUUUACUUUGGCCGAGGAGGCGCCGGGACAGCAAACGGAGUAG